GGAAGAGAGCUGGGAUAUCCUAACACCUUACCUGCGACAGUUUCUGCGUAGCCCGGUUGCCAUGGCAGACCGCGAGGAGCGGCGCUUUGCUGAGGUUUCCCGGGACUCCGUCAAGCUCAUGGCAGAGAGCACCGGCGUGGAUCUUGCUGAUGAUGUAGCGGCUCUUCUUGCUGAAGAUGUGUGUUACCGCCUCAGGGAGGCAGCGCAGACAAGUUCCCAGUUCAUGAGACAUGCCAAGAGGAGGAAGCUGACUGUGGAGGACUUGAACAGAGCCCUGCGAUGGAGCCGAGUGGAGGCCGUCUGUGGUUAUGGGGCACAGGAUGCUCUGCCUUUCCGAUCCGUCAAAGAGGGAGAGCUGUUCUUUGUUGAGGACCGUGAAAUUAACCUGAUAGAGCUGGCGCUGGCCACCAACAUUCCCAAAGGUUGUGCUGAGACCAUGGUGCGAGUUAAUGUGGCAUAUCUGGAUGGCAAGGGCAACGUGGAGCCUCAGGGGACAGUUCCCACCGCUGUGCAGACUCUGUCAGAUGACUUGCUCAAGUACUACCAGCAGAUCACCAGAGCCAUCCUGGGAGAUGACCCCCACCUUAUGAAGAUGGCUCUGCUGGACCUUCAGUCCAACUCAAAAAUUGCUGCCCUGCUGCCAUACUUUGUCUAUGUCAUCAGUGGAGUCAAAUCAGUAAGCCACGACCUGGAGCAGCUCAACAGGCUCCUGCACAUGGUGAAGAGCCUGGUCCAGAACCCGUACCUGUACCUGGGCUCAUACGUCCGCAGCCUGGUCUCCAGCGUCAUGUACUGCAUCCUGGAGCCACUCGCCGCCUCCAUCAACCCACUCAAUGACCACUGGACCCUCCGGGACUACGCAGCCCUGCUACUCAGCCACAUCUUCUGGACUCACGGUGAUCUAGUGAGUGGUCUCUAUCACCAGAUCCUGCUCUCUCUCCAGAAGGUUCUCUCUGACCCAGUCAGGCCGCUCUGCUCCCAUUACGGAGCGGUCGUGGGCCUUCACGCUCUGGGUUGGAAGGCUGUGGAAAGAGUUCUUUUCCCACACCUGCCUGCUUACUGGGCCAACCUGCAGGCUGUGCUGGACGACUACUCGGUGUCCAACGCACAGGUCAAAGCAGAUGGACACAAGGUCUACGGAGCCAUCCUGGUGGCAGUGGAGCGUCUGCUGAAGAUGAAGGCUGUGUCUCUGUCCCAGACAGCAGAGGGCGGAUCCAGCUGCCAGCCGGGUUCUGGAGCCAGGUCUGCGGGGUACAGGGUGGGCUCCCCAGGCCUCAGUCCUCCAUCAGAGCCUUUGUCAGAAGCCGUUCUGGGGAUUGCCAGCCACCUCCAAGCAGGCGGCGCGGGCUGCCCCUGGGAGGAGUGGUCCCCAGUCCCUCUUCCGGCAAUGUACAGUGAACUUUACUCUUUCUUUGGGGACAGUCUGGCCGUCAGGUUUAGCACAGGACCAGGGUUUGGGAGCUAUCCCCCCUGCGCUUCAGCCUGUUUCAGGGAAGCCCGGAAGGAGCCGCUGGGCCCAGCCACAAACACCGACACCGCCCGUAAAAUGCCGCAGCUGACUGCCAACCUCAACAUCAGUCCACGACAAGAUGGAAGCCCUCGCACCGACCCUCCCCCUCCGAGCCUCGCAGCCACAGGAGCAGGAAGGUCUCUGGCUCGCUCCUCCUCCGUGCAACGCUCCAGGUCAUCCUCAUCUCGUUCGGGCCAGCGCUCCGCCGGUGUUUCUCGGGAUGUUUUCCCCAAGGCUCGCUUCAUCUCGCCACAGUCAGGACCUCCAGCGUUCUCCUUUGUCAUUGGUGGCCGGCAAAUGGGUCGACGGUGCCAGGGUCGCCGGCCCUUUCAGACCACGUUUUCCUCAUCCUCCUCUCUGCCUGCCAACCCGCCUCGCGCCUACGCCCAUAAGCUUCCAGUAAUUGGCCGGGUGGGGAAGCCGGUGCGUCGCUGGACGAGUUCACAUUACUCGCUUUACCUGCCUCUGUAGAGAAGAACUGCUGCAGUAGGAUGCAGUUGGUCUGGACUGCUACUGAUGUUAUUGUUGUACUUCAUAAACUAUCAGGUGUCUGUAUUCAUUUUUCUAGAAUUAUUUUUGUUUCUUAUGAAAAAGUAAAUUCAGUAUUUUGCUCAGCAGCAGGUCUGACUCUGGCUUUGUGUGGUGAGUCUGGGGACCCAGCAGCAUUAAAAAGUCAGUUGAAAGUCUUGGUUGGGCGUUUUAAUAAAAAAAACUGAGGUUUAACUAUUUCGCAACAAUGAAACAAAUUUUACCCUCUACAUGUGAAAACUGAUGGAGAUAUAAUGGAGAUGGGGCUGGAGUAAAAGUUAGUUGGAUGAAGGUACGCCUAAUACAAUUGGAUGGUCUUUUUAAAAUAUUUUUAAUGAUUUUUUUUAAUUUUUUUUACUUGCAUAAGAUUCCAUUGAAAUCAUUUAAGUUUCUGACUGUAAUUUGAUAGAAUGUGAAAAAGGUUCAUAAGGUGGUUUCCAAACUUUUUUUGGCAUUACAGUUUAGCUAAUAUUAACUACAUAGAUUGUAAGAUUUUAAUACCGUUAAAUUCUUACAAUUUUGCUGUAGAAAAGGAAAUGUUAAAUUAUUGCUGAUGCAAAGCACCAAAGGAGUUGGUGCUUUGUAGUUCCACUUUUUUUUCUGUGAAUAGUGUGAAAUUUUGGGCAAUAAAAUUGUAGCUGCUUAGAAAAAAGAAAGGGACA